GCAGGUAAAGGUAAUGGUUUGUGGCGACGCAGCGACGCCCAUGUGUUGACCCACGAGUGGACACAGGCGCGUUAAUCAGGCUGAGCCGGGCUGAUUGAAGGGCCAGCGCGUUGAUCUUCCGGGGCGGGGCCAGCGUCGCUCUCCAGUGUGCUGACGCCCCGCCUCGCGUAGGCAGCGGCGCCGCCCCACACUAUUGGCUGAGGCAGCGGAGCAGCAGCAGUGGCGGGGAGAAGGGUCCGCAUGGUCUAUGGCACGCCCGCACCAGGUGAGCCACGACGCCCAGCCUGACGGGCGCCGUGGGUCGGCACUCAGCGGGGCAGACGCCCAUGAGAGUGAGUGUGCCACACCUUCCACAGUGCCCGCCGAUGCCCGCGCUGAGUGGUGGGCGGCGCCCGAGGAAGACGUGGCGGAUGUGGGCGUGACAGGCGGCUUGUUGGAGCGGCCACUACUUCCGCUGUGGGUGUUCAUGUCAGUAAUGGGCGUGGGGGCGCCCGCGUACCACGCCGAGAGCAGGAGUUACCGUAUGAGGUGGACGAGUCCCUCAGGGGCGGCCACGCUAGCGGCCUCAGCGGCGGUGGUGGCGCUGACGGGCGUGUCGGUGGUCAGCCUAGCGCGCCACCUGCUCUCCACCGAGGAGGACCCGGACCAGCGCCCCGUACAGAGCCUCAAAACAAUUGGCGUGCUCAUUGUGGGAGGCUACCAAGUGAACGCCCUCGUACAGGUGCUCAACACGGCAGCGGGGGCGGCGCGCCACGCUCGCCUUCUGUCUGCCUGGACGCGCCUCGCCGCCCUGCACCACAUCAACCCCACGCGCGGCCUGCGGCGCAAGUGCUACAUCCAGGUGGCCUUCAUGACGGCCUUCAUCGCCGCCAUGCUCACCGCGGCAGCCCUGGGACGCCCGCGCUUCGUCGGCCACGUGCUGGAGGGCAACGCAGAGCGCCUCUACCUCAUCCCGCGGAGCCUCCUGCGUGAUUCCGCCAGUCUGCCAGCCAAGGCGGUGCAGGUGGCCGUGUGCUGUGUCGCCCUCCACCACUUCGCCAUCAACAAGAGCUACCUGUUCGCCUUCACCACCCACUGCCACCUGCUGCAGGCCGCCCUCACCGCCUGGAACACACACCUCGCCCGGGCCAUUGACAAGGUGUGGACGGGCGCGGGCGGAGACGGAGUGGGCGUAUUGGUGCACGGGCGGGAGCAGCUGGUGGCGCUGGUGAGAGACACGCAGUCCUUCUUCAGCCCAGUGUUGCAGUGUUACUUUGCCUCGACGGUGAUCAUCGUGUGCACUGAGCUGUACCUCCUGGCGCAGGGGGUGGGGUCUGGCCUGCUGCUGACGGAGGAGGUGGUGGUGCUGAUUCUUCUGACGGUGCAGACAACGUGGCUCCUCGUGCACGUGUCCCUAGCGGCGGCAGGGGUGCAGGAGCAGGCUGAGGCAACCGGGGAUGUCCUGGGGCGGGGCUUGCCAUACAGUGCUUCCCCUGAGGAUAAACAUUACGUGGGCGAGCUGACGCGGUCCCUGGUGGUUUCCCCGCUGCACAUUACUGGCGGGAACUUCUUCACCAUCAACCGUUCCUUCAUUCUGACGGUGGUGAGUGUGGUGUUGUCUUACUUCAUCGUCAUCCUCCAGUUCACUCAGUCCUGCGGGAGCCCGGCUGACACCACCACCACCGCCACCAACACCACCACCACCACCGCUGCUAACACCACCUUGAAUGAAGACACGUGAAGGAUUAGUUAAGAAGAUAUUGGUGUAGUCAGGAUGAAAAUGUUCCUUUAACUCCUUCAAUACUGGGACACAUUUUUACCAUGAGAUUUGUGUACGAUUAGACCAUUUUAUUGACAUUAGGAAGAGUCUAUUGAGGUCAGAAGAUUAAUGGCCACAGUCUUCACCAUUUUAAUCCCUCAAAUGAGUUUCUGAAGCUGUACAAAAUCACCAAGUAGUCACCAGAAUGAACAUGGAAACGCGUCAUGGUACAGAAGGGGUUAAUUAAACAGACACGGUUGAAUGGCGGCGCUGCGAGUGUGUCAGCUUCGUUCACCUUCUGCGGGUUUCCUUCUAUCCAUUCAGGUCACUUUUUCUUGAGUAGCAAGUCUGAGGGAUUAUCUAAGAGAGAGCUUGUUAUACGCCACGCUUUAUUCCGCCAUCUUGAGGCUGAGUGAGGCAGUGAGUGUCUUCACCUCACGAAUAGGUCGGCCGCUGCUGCCUCGCACACGGCUGACUGCUCGGGGAGAAGGAGGGACAGUAGUUUCUUCUUUCGCUCUUUUCUUCACAAAACAGCACAAUUCCGAUCAUAGUUUAUACUCGUAUUUUGGUGCUGCUCUCCAUCGUGUGAAUGCUAUUGGGUGAAGUCUGCCGCUGCUCCGGGUGGCCCGUGUAGCCUCUCUGAAGACUGGCUUGCACCGCUUCGUGAAUGCGGGCCGUGGGGUAAAUAGAAUUAUUGUCUGGUGGAUUGGUUAAGCCCUUAAGGCAAGCAGGCAAGCUGGAGACGGUGGAUCUGUUGAUGAUGGUGACUACUCUGACUAAGCAAGUGCCUCUAUGGUGCCAUGUACUGAACCAAACCAUUGCACGUCAGGCAGUCUUUGAGGUUUCUGGGCGAAGCUUCGGUGCAUAAUUAACUACGCUGUUUUGUGUCACCAACAAGACGCCUAUACAGUGUAGACCUAUCAUUUACUAGAUUUUUGUGGAUAACUUUCUCACUCACUCACUCACUCUGUUACUUAGCCACCCUAUUUCUCUUAGUCAGUGAGUCAGUCUGUUCCGAUGAUAAUAUUUAGUGUGUCAUUAUGGCUGGUUCUAUUCUUAUGGCCGCCACCUGCCUCUCCUCCAUCCCAAACCUGUAUUUCAAGCUCAGCAGACCGGCCUUCUAAAGCUGCUCAUGUAGUACUAUGUGAAUUGUAUACUCAGUGACCAAUAAAAUGUAUCAUGUAUCAGUUUAUCAAGUAUCAGCGAAUCAAUCGGCCACUGGCUACACGCAGGGUUUGGGCCGUCAUGCUGCCAUCUGUUCUGCCUUCACCACACUCACCGGUCAAAACUGCUGUCAGGAAACAUUCUAAUUGGUGUCAAAAUACGAAAAAGAGAGAUGGGUGGCUGCCCCGGUAACUAUAGUCCGUCUACUCUAAAGUGGCUCCCGGGUCUCGGUCAGAUUGGUGUCCGGGAGCAGUGCGUGGUUGUCACACUUUAAGGGAAACCGUAAGCUGUCCUUGUGAUAAGUGUGUAUAUCAACAGAAAACAAGAAUUAUUCACAUCAAAUCAAUUACAUCAUCAAUAAGCUACAGUGGAACCAUGCGUGCUUUGGGGUCCGAGUGGUCUCGAAGCACACGGGUUUGAAUCCUGUCCACG